UGUUUCCUACAUAAUUAUUUUUUCUAACGUUUUUUUACUUAAGGUACUUGAAAUGGGUUGGGUAUUAGAGGUAGCCAAAAUGUUUCUCUAUUUAUCGUUUCCUGUUGGAGUAUUUCACUAUGUCAAUCAGCCAGCUUACUUUGAUAAAUGGGUGAUACAAGCAAAAAAGGAGUACUUCCCAACACAGAGUAAACAGGUGCAUGAGGAGAUGGACAACUUUAUUCACGAAUUCAAUGCUAAAAUUGAAAAGAAACAGUUGGAUGCUAUGGAGAGACAGAAUAAAAACAAACAGUGAAGAAAAUAUAUUAUAAUGUUUCCAAUUGUGUGAUAGCAGUAGUAAAAUUUAU